CACGUAAACACCAAACAAGUUACAAGUUAUUAUAGUACUGUAAUUAUUCUAUUUGACGAAUUUCAGUAAAUUUAAUUGAGAACUAUUGCGUUUAUAAUGAGUUUUGAACGUUAUUAAAGAAUUAAACGGUAAGUCUAAGUAUUAUUUUUAAUUAUAACAAUGUGAAAUAUAAAUUUUUCAGCGACGUAUGAUUUUGUAAUUUUAAAUUUUCGACUUCUAACAUGACUUAUGUAACUAAUUAUCUUUUGGGUGUGUGUUGUACUCAUACAGCAAUGAUGCCAAUAUUUUACCAAUUAUAAUAUCUAUUUAAACACUUGAUUAAAUAAAUUUUACAUUGUGUUUGAGUAUACCAAACUUCUAAAGUAAAUACUUAAUAUUAUAUUGACUUUUUAUUAAAUAAACAUAAGUUUUCAAUGCCUAUCUACUUAAUAAAUCAUUGCGAAAAGUCCAGUUUACCAUUUUAAUAAUCUUAAAUUACAAUUUAUAAUUUGAACUUUGAUAAUCACAUUUUUUCAAACUAAUAAAUACCUACUUUAAAAAAGUAGGUAUUUAUUAGCAUUUAUUUAUUGAAUAGAUAAUAAGUAGGUAGUUACUGUAAAGAUAUUUAAUAUUGUACCUGGAAUUUAAAUCCAUAUAGUUUGAUUACUGUAUUAAAUUAAAUAUUAUUAAAAACACCCAGUUUUAAACAAGAUAUAAGACAAAUUAUUAUUUCCUUUCUAUCUUAGUAUUAAAUUAUUAAUUAGAGCCUUUAACUUAAUAACAUGUUAUAAUAGUUGUCAGAAAAGUGUCUCCAGUGAAUAUUAUUAAAUUAGAAUUUAAUACACAUCACUUAUAUAGUUAUAUAGUAUAAGUAAAAAUAAAAGUCAUCAAAUAAUAAAUAUAAUAAUUAAAUAAAGUUUUUUUUAUUUUGGGUACCUACAAUAUUAUGAGACUUUUUGUAAGCUUAGCGAGGAAUCUAGAAUGUAUUAGUUUUAUUAUAAUGUUUAUUUUUUGUGCGAUCACCAACUUCAAGGGUAGUUUGUGAUACCACGUUUUCUUUUGUUAGUGUAUUGAGGAGUUAAUUUAUUUAUUUCAUUACAAGUUUUCUUAAUAGCUAAGAAAAAACAACGGAAGCAUGGGAAUAUUUACUUUAACAUUUAUAUUAAAAAUUGUUAGACGUGAUAAAAUGUGUAAAACAUUUUUUAGAUUUUUAAGCUAUUUUUAGCAAUUUGAAAUGUUGAUUUUUUUUAGUUUUUUAUAGUUUUGUGGACAUAAUUUUUUGUGAAAACUCAAAAAAGCUCUAAAAUUUGAAGCAAAUUUCAUCUUUACCUUGUUUUUUUUAUGACACUAUACAAUUCUUAAGCAAGAUUUUUGUCCUGUAUUCUUUAAAAUUCAAAUUUUUGUGAGAAUUGUAAGAAAAACAGCAUUUCUAUUGGUACUAUUUUCUUAUUUAUGUGAUUAUAAAUUAUUUAGGCCACCAAAAAUAUUCAAAUAUUUCUCUGUAAUGUAGUGAUUGUUUUACUAUGUAAAUCCAAAGCUUCAUAACAUAUAUGAUGCUAUUAUAUUUAAAUAAAAAAUAUAUUGAUAUUAACUAUAUAAAUAUAUUCUAUAUCUAUAUCUGCCAACCUUUUUUCUUUAUUUCUAAGUAAUUGUAAAAAGUUUAAUUAUGUUUUAAUUUUUAAUUUCAGUUAAAUAAUAAAUACAAAUAUAAAUAUGUUAACAAAAUUUGAAACAAAAUCAGCCCGGAUAAAGGGCCUUACAUUUCAUUCAAAGAGACCAUGGAUAUUAGCUAGUCUACAUACUGGUGUUAUUCAAUUAUGGGACUAUCGCAUGUGCACCUUAUUAGAUAAAUUUGAUGAACACGAUGGACCAGUACGGGGUAUAAGCUUUCACAGUCAACAGCCUAUAUUUGUAUCGGGUGGUGAUGAUUACAAAAUUAAAGUUUGGAACUAUACACAACGACGAUGCAUAUUUACUUUACUUGGUCACUUAGAUUACAUCCGUUCUACAAUGUUCCACCACGAGUACCCUUGGAUAUUAAGUGCAUCUGACGAUCAGACAAUAAGAAUUUGGAACUGGCAAAGUCGUGCUUGCAUUUGUGUUCUCACUGGUAAAGCUAAUGUUAUAUAACAAUUACUGAUAUAUUAUAAUAUGAUCUAUAAUAAUAAUACAUAUUUAAUAAUUUUUUAUUCUUAGGUCAUAACCAUUAUGUUAUGUGUGCUCAGUUCCACCCAUCUGAAGAUUUGGUGGUUUCUGCAUCAUUAGAUCAAACUGUUCGUGUUUGGGAUAUUUCUGGCCUGCGCAAGAAAAACGUUGCUCCGGGUCCUGGUGGAUUAGAUGAACAUUUGAAAAACCCAAAUGCCACAGAUUUAUUUGGUCAAGCUGAUGCUGUAGUCAAACACGUACUUGAAGGUCAUGAUCGUGGUGUUAAUUGGUGUUCAUUCCACCCUACUAUGCCACUAAUUGUCUCUGGGGCUGAUGACCGUCAAGUAAAACUAUGGCGAAUGAAUGAUUCUAAAGCUUGGGAAGUAGAUACUUGCCGUGGCCAUUAUAACAAUGUGUCCUGUGUUGUGUUUCACCCAAAGCAAGAACUUAUAUUAUCCAACUCUGAAGAUAAAAGUAUAAGAGUUUGGGAUAUGACAAAAAGAACAUGUCUUAAUACAUUUAGACGUGAACAUGAACGAUUCUGGGUUCUUGCUGCACAUCCAACUUCCAAUUUAUUUGCUGCUGGACAUGAUUCAGGUAUGGUCAUAUUCAAGUUGGAACGUGAAAGACCAGCAUUUACACAGUUUGGUAAUUUCCUAUACUAUGUAAAAGAACGUUUCUUACACCGUCUUGAUUUUACCACACAUAAAGUGACUACAGUCAUGCAAUUAAGAUGCACUGGACGUGUACCUAUUUAUAGUAUUAGUUAUAAUCCAGCAAUUGAUGCAAUGCUUGUUUGUACAAGAAAUUCAAACAUUGAAAAUAGUACCUACGAUUUAUAUACUAUGCCUAAAGAAAACUCUGAUAGUGGUGUUGCUGCACCUGAAGGUAAACGAUCCAGUGGUUUAACAGCAGUUUGGAUUGCUAGGAAUCGGUUUGCUGUUUUAGAUAAAACACAUAUGUUGGCUGUAAAAAAUCUAAAAAAUGAGAUUACAAAAAAGAAUGUUGGACCUAACAAUAUAGAUGAGAUUUACUAUGCUGGUACUGGUUUGUUAUUACUUCGUGAUCCUGAAAAUAUAACAUUGUUUGAUGUCACUCAGAAAAGAGUAUUAGCCCAAGCUAAAAUUGCAAAGUGUCGAUAUGUUAGCUGGGCGAAUGAUGGUUCUUUAUUGGCAGUUUUAUGUAAAAACAACAUUUAUGUAUGCAGUAGAAAAUUAGAAAUUGUGUGUACUAUACAUGAAACUUCUAGAAUAAAAUCUGGAGCAUGGGAUGAUUGUGGUGUUUUCAUAUAUACUACCAGCAAUCAUAUAAAGUAUGCCUUACCUGAUGGCGGAGACUAUGGAAUUAUACGUACUUUAGAUCUACCAAUAUACAUUACUAAAGUCAAUGGCAGUCAAGUAUUCUGUUUAGACCGUGAUUGUAGACCAAGAGUUUUAAAUAUUGAUACAACCGAAUACAAAUUUAAAUUGGCACUUAUCAAACGCAAGUAUGAAGAAGUGUUACAUAUAGUUAAAAAUGAUCGAUUAAUUGGGCAAUCAAUUAUAGCAUAUUUGCAACAAAAAGGAUAUCCGGAAGUAGCAUUACACUUUGUUAAAGACAACAAAACAAGAUUUUCUUUAGCUCUUGAAUGUGGUAAUAUAGAUAUUGCAUUGGAAGCUGCUAGGACAUUAGAUGAUAAAGCAUGUUGGGAACAAUUAGGUCAAGCUGCAUUGCUUCAAGGUAACCAUCAAAUAGUUGAAAUGUGUUAUCAGAGAACAAAAAGUUUUGAUAAACUGUCAUUUUUAUAUCUCAUAACUGGUAAUCUUGAUAAACUUAGAAAAAUGACAAAAAUUGCCGAAAUACGUAAGGAUGUAUCUGGUCAUUAUCAAGGAGCACUUCUUCUUGGUGACUGUCAUGAAAGAAUUAAGAUACUGAACGAACUAGGCCACAAAUCGCUUGCAUAUCUGACAGCUAUUACUCAUGGUUUAGAUGCUGAAGCUGAAUCAAUUAAAGAAGGGUACGAAGGUAACCUACCCACAGUUAAUCUCAAUGCAACUUUAUUAAAACCUCCUGUCCCAGUAAGCCAAGCUGAAUCAAACUGGCCACUUUUGACUGUGUCUAAAGGUUUCUUUGAAGGUGCUAUAUUAACAGCGGGUAAAGCUUCAGGGCUUGUUGACACGGCUCUUGGUGAGGAUAUUGAAGAAGAAGGUUGGGGGGCUGAAGCAGACUUAGGUCUUGAAGGCCGUAUAUCUCCCACCCAUUCCGAGGCCGAGGAAGAAGCAGCAUUGGCUGCUACCACUGUUGUGGAAGGAGAGGAAGGUUGGGACGUUGGUGAUGAAGAAGUGGAACUACCACCUGAGGUACAAAUAUCGAAACAGGAUGCUGACUAUUUUGUUGCACCACAAAUAGGUACUUCUCCAUCCCUCAUUUGGUCUUCCAACAGUCAAAUGGUCAUCGAUCAUGUCAAAUCUGGUGACUUUGAGAUCGCGUUCAAAUUACUUAAUGAACAGAUUGGGGUGACCAACUUUAAACCUCUUAAAAGUUUGUUUAUGGACAUGUACCUUAAGUCGUGUAUCUCUUAUACACCAUUACCGAGCCAUCCAUCAUUGUUCAUGUAUCCAAAUAGAAACUGGAAAGAAAACAAUGCCAACAGCAACAAACCCGUGUUGGAUAUAAAACUGGACCAUCUGUUGAAUGAAUUGCAGGCAUGCUAUCAGCUUACAACCGCUGGCAAGUUCCCGGAAACCAUUUCCAAGUUUAGAUCUAUUCUGAACUCUGUACCUCUGCUCUGCGUGGACACCAAACAAGAGGUAUCUGAGGUCAUACAGCUAGUGCAUAUUUGUAAGGAGUAUUUGGUUGGCUUGGUAAUGGAAACAGCUCGAAAGGACCAUCCAAAAGCAACAGCUGAUGAUCAAAAACGUGUGGCUGAAAUGGUCGCGUACUUUACACAUUGCGACCUACAAAUGACGCAUAAAAUCCUUACACUUAGGACGGCUAUUAACAUAUUCUACAAAAUUGGCAAUCUUAACACCGCUGCGUCAUUUGCAAAACGAUUGCUGGAACUGGGACCACGGGCUGACGUUGCCCAGCAAGCUCGCAAAAUGCUGCAGGCUUGCGACCUAAACCCAAUCAACAAGUUACAGGUGGCUUAUGAUCAACACAACCCAUUUUCAAUAUGUGCCUACUCGUUUGUACCUAUCUACAAGGGCAAAGAGGAGGUCAAAUGUCCGUUCUGCUUGGCUUCAUAUCAGCCUAUACAUAAGGGCAAAGUGUGCAAUAUAUGUCAAAUAUCAUCGAUUGGCCGCGAGGCUACAGGACUAAAGAUAUCCACAGCACAUUAUCGGUAAAAUGAAAUAUGUUUAACUUUGAAUAUCGUUCCAGCUUUGAUUUUAGUUUAUUUUUUACUCAAAGUGUUUAAAUAAUUUAUAUAUUUAUAUAUACUUAAUAUAUAUUUAUAGAUAUAUUCUUAUUGAUUUAUUGAUACAUUUAUAAAAAAACAACAAUAAUAAUAAUAUUAAUUAAUAUGUGUUUAUUGUAAUCUAUAUGAAAUGUAUUUUAUUAAAUAAUCUUCUUUUUUGUGAUGUAAAGCCAAUUAAAACAAUCCUGAUAAGCAAAAAAACCUCUCUACUCCCCUGUUCAUUGUUAAUGUUCUUAAAUUAGAAUUUCUGUAGUGUUUUUGUACAUUAUCUUUCUUCCUUAUCUUGGAACCCCCUAAAGGUUUGUUCUUCUGUGUUAUAUUGCGAUAUUGUCCUAAACCAGUGAAUUAAUGUAUAUUUUACUCCAUAUGUGCCCUUUGCAACCUUUUCUUCAUUAUGCCUUCAACAGCAUUAAAGUUUUUGAUUUCCUUAUUUUACCUUCUCUGCCAUUAUCUUAUUGUUUCAUUGAUACAACAGCAAAAAAUCAUAUCAAUCUUAUACAACGCAG